AUGGGGGAUGCUUAUGGGAAUCGUCAACCACAACUUUCUCAAUUUGCUGGAUUGCUCAAACAACUUCACCCUGAAUAUGUACCAGAAAUUCCACAAUCUGGGAUGCCAUCAGCUCAUGAAGUGCAUCAUCAUUACUUAGGAACGAACAAUGAUCGUGAAGUAGUGGACACACAAUCAAUUGGAUUUGCAGAUGAUCGUGGUGUAUCUCGAGUAGAGGACACACGGUCAAUCGAAUUAGCAUAUGAUCGUUAUCUCCAGAGUUUGGUAAACGCUGAAGGUGACAAUGCUCCUGAUAACUACAAGGGAGUUGGAUUAGGUAGAGGCACAGGUGAUUUUGGUGUACCUGCCCAUCCUGUUCGUGAUCUCCUUCAGUCAGCUCUUGGGCCAGAGCUGGCACCGAAUGGAAGAAGUAGGGUAUUUAUGAAGAGGCCUCGUGAAACAGUACCUCUCCCUCCUGGUGCUUCUAGCACCCUCUACAUAGAGGGACUUCCUUUAGAUAUCUCCAGAAGAGAAGUAGCUCAUAUUUUUCGUCCUUUUGCGGGCUACAAAGAAGUUAGGCUUGUUAGAAGGGACUCAAAACAUCAUGCUGGAGAUCCUCUUAUCCUUGGGUUUGUGGAUUUUGCAAAUCCAGCGUGUGCAGCUACUGCGUUGAGUGCAUUGCAAGGUUACAAAAUGGAUGAACAUGACAUCAAUUCUGCCUACUUGAGGUUGCAAUUCUCGAAGUUUCCAGGUCGGAGGUUUGGUGGCUCGGGAAGUUGUGGCAAGCGAUAA